CAAAUCAUUCGCGCCCGCGCUCGCUCUCUCGCUCUCUCACUGUCGUCGUCGUCGUCUACUUCGCCCAUCGUCGUCGUCGUGCAUCGCUUCCGCCGGGGCUCUGAGGAGAAUGAGCUCCUCCGUCACGUAGCAAUCUGCGAUCCCUCCUCUCGCUCGUCCGCCCCUGCGCUCGCGUCAGCGAUUCUUCCUCGUCGAGCCUUUCUCCUGAUCGAACCUUUCGUUCUGAGCUCAGAUCUCGCUGAAAAUGGCGGAAGAGGAGAAUUAUGCGAAUCCCUUGACUGCCUUUUUCAGCGUUCUCUUUAAGGUUGCGGCAUUGGUAUUCUACAUUGUGGUCGCUUCCUUCAUAGACAAUUUUGUUAUCGUCUUUGUUAUCACCGUCUUUUUGGUAGCAUUGGAUUUCUGGACGGUAAAGAAUGUCAGUGGAAGAAUAUUGGUGGGCCUUAGAUGGUGGAACGAAAUCAACGAAGAUGGGGAAAGCGUAUGGCGCUUUGAGUCCCUUGAGCAACAGGAAUUGGAUCGGCUCAACAAGAAGGACUCAUGGCUCUUUUGGUGGACCUUGUACUUGACGCCUGUUGUGUGGGUUGCCCUUGGAAUUGUGGCUAUAGUCAGAGUCAAACUUGACUAUCUUUUGGUGGUGGGAGUUGCGCUUGUACUCAGUGCGGCGAACAUCAUUGGCUUUACCAAAUGCAGAAAAGAUGCCAAGAAGCAGAUUCAACAGUUUGCCACACAAACCGUGGCAUCUCAAUUUGCAUCAACUCUUCAAACUGCUUUCAGUGUUUGAUGUUGCAACUGUCUCACGACUAUUCUUUGUCACAAGUGGAUAAUGGGACGACUUAUUGAUACUUGUGAAAGAUCAAGCAUCGCUAGAUGUACUUUUAAGCUCUGUGGAGAAGCCUGUCCCUGAUAAAAUAUGCUCGAUCUACUUACUUGGACAAAAUACACUCCUGUAGGUAUUCACCCAGAGAACAGGAUGCAGUAGAUAUAGUUGCAGUUACUGAGAAACAUUUUUGGUUGACAUGUCGCUUAGGAGUUUAAUUCAUUGGCCAAGUAUCGGCUUGUAAGUAAAGAAGUUGCUGGUAAUCAUAUUUGCAUGUGUUAUG